GCUUUCAGUUUUAUUUGGAGCUCCGGUUAGGGGCAAUAACGCGCUCCGCACCCAGGAGGGGCCUGGCUGAACACCAAGGGCCGCAAACGAGGUAACAGACUGCUCCAUGCCCAGAGAUUCAAAACAUCUCUCCCAUCAAAUUCUCAGCAGAAAUGGGAACAAACAUAAAUAUUCCAAAGGUUGUGUCUGGUUUGUUGCAAGAAUGCCAGCAAAUGCUGGAUCAGCUGUCGCCAGAAGUCGAGGUGCAGACUGAGGGAGACAAGAUGGAGUGUCAGCAAUAUGAAGCUUUGCUCCCUGAUGAUUUGAGGACCCUUAUCGAAGAAGCAAAGGAAAUGAAGUGGCCCUUUGUGCCGGAAAGGUGGCAGUACAAAGAAGCCGUGCAUCUUGAAGACAAAACAAACCUGCAGGAUAUGAUCAGUGCAAAGCUCUGUGACUUACUGGUUUAUUUAAAAGCCUCUAUUAUUACCAGGGACUAUGAGACAGCAGCUGCGAUUGUGUUCCUGGUUGAUCGGUUCUUGUACUGGGUUGAUGGCUCCACUCAGCUUCUUCAGAUUGUCAAGAAGCUUCACAGGCUUCACCCUACAGUGCCAGUUGCUCCCCAGCUGAUGAUUCGCCAGGCUCGUGUCUCUGUAAAUUCAGGUAAGCUGCUAAAAGCUGAAUAUAUACUUAGCAGCCUGAUUAAUGACAGUGGAGCAACAGGUGUAUGGAAGUACUCUAAAGAAAGUGAUAGGAUCCUUGUCCAGUCAGUCUGCAUACAGAUCAGAGGUCAAAUUCUACAGAAACUCGGGAUGUGGUAUGAAGCUGCGGAGCUGAUCUGGGCCUCCAUUUUGGGUUACUUCACCCUUCCUCAGCCAGAUAAAAAAGGGAUUGGUACAUCACUGGGUAUUUUGGCUGACAUCUUUGUAUCCAUGAAUGAAAAUGAUUACAGCCAUUUUAAAAACAACUAUCAGUUUGAUCUGCACCUUCUGAAAGAGUUUGAUCAUCGUCUGCUUUCAGCCGCAGAAGCCUGCAAGCUGGCAGCAGCCUUCUGCCAGUUUACAUCUUUGUUUGUGCUCACGGCAAUGAAUAUCCGAGGAACAUGUUUGCUAUCUUACAGUUGUUCGAGUGCAUGCCCUUCAGAAAAGGAGAUGUUUUAUUUGUCUGAGGCAAAGAAAUCCUUUGAAAUUGGUCUUCUCACUAAGAACAACAAAGAACCGGUCACCAGCAAACAAGAACUCCACAGUUUUGUCAAAGCAGCAUUCUGCCUUUCAAAGGUACAUCAACGACUCUAUGGAGAGAGCGAGAGGCUUAGUCAGGUUAACCAGUUCUGCCAGGAAGCCUUGGAGAAGUUGUAUGCUUAUAGCCAUUCAUCAGAUAAUGAACAGCAAGACAAAGGACAACUUGCCAAGGAUAUUAUGAGCCUGGUCAUGUCUGCUAAGGAGCAGUUGCAUGUGCAGAGUUUCCCUAAUUCAGACACUAUGUCUUACAUUCCAGAUGGCUACAAAACAGAUGUCAACAAACCGAUUGUGAAUGGUGAAAUGAGCUUUGAAAAGGUCCUCAAAAUGCAUUCCCAGCAUCAUGAAGCAGUCUGUGAUGUUUUUGAAAGUACUUGCAGGAGCCACAAAGUUAAUUCGCAAGAAGAAGGCAAAAGAGGAGCCUGUAUAACCACUUUGAAAACUGAAACCAGAAAUGUGGACACCAUGUGCAUGACUGAAGAAAAAUCACACUGUGGAAGUGAUGCUGCAAAAAACAUAGUAUCACAAAAGUUGCUGAAAUGUUAUGGGGUUCGUAAGGGCCAAAUACAAAAUAAAUUAUCCCAUGAUGCUGCAGUGGAUGUUUCCCUUGGGGAAGAGACAGAAAGUGAGGCUUCAGAAAGAAAUCAGAACAGGGCUGAUGAUGUUUUAAAUGGCUCUCAGAGUGGGAGUGAAGUUUCUAGUUCAUUAAGAUCAUGGAGCAAAUUUUCCAGAUCAAAUUUAUUUACUAGUUGGGAAGAUAUUGAUUGCCAUGAAGAUGAACUGCCCCAAGAUAAAGUACAAAACACAAAGGGCAGGCCAGAUAAAGAGCAAGCUCGCUCUGCAGCCUUGAGUGGAGACGUCUCAAAAAAUGUUCAAGGAAGUGAUUUCUGCUGUUUUUCUUCCAAAAUGCACCAGGUCUCUCUUCAGGAGACUCAGCAUGACUGUACAUCCCAUUUAAAGCAGUCCUUCCAGUAUAAUGUAGCCUUGACGGAUAGAGUAAUGGACUUGGAACCAAAUGUCAAGCAUUUGGAGGGAGCAAUAGAUGUAGCAAAGCGAGCAUACAAGGAAAACGGUGGCGCCAACUCAAGAAAUAGUCAUGAUAAUUUGAAUUCCACAAUGAGCCUCACUUCUGAACAAGAUGCAUUUGGAAUUACCUUCUCUUCAGCAAUUGAUUCCAGAACUAAAGACAACACUGAGAACAGUGCAGCCAUUUCUAAACCUACUCAGUAUAUCAGUAGGAAUGAAAACCCAGCAGACCCUGAGUGGUGCAAAAGAAUUGUAGAGCCAGUUUUUAAACAGAAUUGUACACUGAUUGAUCAAGAAAGAGAAACAGUAGAUACGACCAAAGAUGCACAAAUGAUGCCACAUCAUCCUGAUGACAGAGCAACAGGUACUUCCAUAGAUAGCAACAUGCCAAAACUGGAAUAUGAUAAUUACAUACAAAAUUGGAUUAAUAAAUCAGUCACUACAAUGGCUGAGGGAUGCUCCUUUGAGAUACCUGAGGUUGAUCCCCAAGCAGAAACAGCAGAAGACUGGGAAAUUGCUUCCAAUAUUGGACGACGGUCAGAAGAUCACCGUGCCAAAACGUGCACGAUACAAGAUCAACAAAAUCACCCCACAAUUUCUCCUUCCAGAAGGGACAACAAGCUAUAUGCCAAUCAAUCCAUUGAUUGCACCACAACAGAAGAAGAGGAAGGUGAAAAGAUAAGAAAAGUUCAGAGUUCAAGUUCUUCUCUGAAAUCGUGGUACAACGCAUCCAAUUUUUCCAGCAGUUUUUCUGACCUGGAGGUUCCAUCAUUUUUGAAUUCUAGUGGGAGCUCAUUUGUCUUUAUGCAAAGGAUCAAAGAACAGAACCUAAAAGCUCGCAUUCUGAAUAAUGAUGAAUAUGACAGGCUUCUGUCAGGAGUAGAACAUGAUUGGUUAAUGCAAAGAAUGAAGAAUAUGGGGCUGUUUAAGCCAAACCUACUCCAUCAAGCACAUUCUGCUCUUCUUCUGAAAUACUCUAAGAAAUCGGGCCUGUGGACAGCCCAGGAGACAGCAGUGUAUACUGGAGAUUACCUGAGUGUGGCAAAGAAAGGCAAGCAAAGGAACGCCUUUUGGAUACAUUUCCUGCAUCAAGAAGAGACUCUGGGAAGAUAUGUUGGGAAAGAGUAUAAAGAUGAGAAGGAACUUCUUCACCAUUUCAAUGACGUGGAACGACAAAUGACUGCCCAGUACUAUGUGACAGAAUUCAACAAAAGACUCUACGAGCACAAAAUUCCAACACAAAUCUUUUACAUCCCAUCCGUGAUCCUGAUGAUACUAGAAGGCAGAUCUAUACAAGGAUGUAUAAGCGUGGAGCCCUACAUUUUAGGGGAAUUUGUGAAGUUAUCCAAUAACACCAAAGUAGUCAAACUGGAAUACAAAGCCACAGAAUAUGGACUUGCUUACGGUCAUUUCUGCUAUGAGUUUUCCCAAGGCACGGAUGUAGUAGUUGAUUUACAAGGUUGGGUGACCGGUAAUGGAAAAGGACUCAUUUACCUAACUGACCCCCAGAUCCAUUCUGUUUCCCAGAACAAAGUAUCCUGCCUUACAAACUUUGGAAAGAAAGGGAUUUACUAUUUCUUCAACAAUCAACAUAUAGAAUGCAAUGAAAUCUGCCACCAUCUUUCUCUAUCAAGACCAUUGAUAGAAAAACCAAAUUGACCUUGGGUCGCUUUCUUAAGGCCUUAUCCCAACAGACACAUUUUUUUUUUGAAAAAGCGAAUUUUUAUAUUUUCUGUAUCUGAUCCAUAUUGGAUUGGUAUCUAAUCCAACUAUGCUGUGUCAUUCAUAUUUUAAUAACAUGUUCGUAAUCUUAGAAGUAUCAGUGUUCACUGUUCUUUUAGUAGGGAUGAGGUACUUCCUGCAGGAAGUGAUUCUAAAUGCUGCUGCCCUCUGUAAUUCUUCUAUGGAUAUUGCUUUCUACAACAGGUAGUUCU